ACAAAUCAGAUUUCUAUCCCCUUCCCCACACUCUCCGUCGCUUUCUUUUCUUGCAAUUCCGACUUCGCACGCCGCGACUCAAAUCUCACUACCCACCUCUUUAUAUUAUGUAAAUUGCGUCUACGCAGAGAUCACCCUGUAAUUGUCAAGAUUUCUCUGAAUUGAAGUGGGCUUUCUCAUUUCUCGCUCUGAAAAAUGGCUGCAUUCUGUUGCUCUACUGCUCUCGUUUCACUCUCGCUCCCCCACCCUCGCGAUGGACUGCUUUUAUUUACUCCUCUGACUCGACCUCAGCAGAAGCUGCGAUUCGGGCUCUCCUUUCGGGCUGAUCGGAGACUCCAGGCCCGGAAAUCCGUACGUGUCUCCUGCCUUGGUGAUGCCAAAACUGCCCUGGUUACUGGCAAGUCAUGGAAAAAACUGGUUUUAGACAGUGACACCCCCGUGCUCGUGGAAUUUUAUGCUAGCUGGUGUGGACCGUGCCGCAUGGUUCAUCGAGUAAUUGACGAGAUUGCAACUGAAUACUCGGGGAGACUGAAAUGCUUCGUACUCAAUGCAGACAAAGACCCACAAGUCACUGAGAACUAUGAUAUCAAGGCUGUGCCGGUGGUCAUGCUGUUUAAAAAUGGUGAGAAACAAGAUUCUGUAGUCGGCACCAUGCCUAAGGAGUUCUACAUGGCUGCCAUUGAAAGGGUUCUGGCUUCAUAAAGUUUCACUAUUAAGUGCAAAACAUCUGGAUGAUAAAAUCCAAAUUUUUAUGCUAAGAGUUCAUAGACAUAUGUUGCUUCACCAGUUAAAUUUCCCAAUGUUUCAAACAUUGUCACAAUCUUCCCUUUUCCUGUUGCCAAGUGCUCUUUCACAUAGCACCUGUUCUACAAGAAAAUGAACGCUCCGCUGUCAAAGGGAAGAAAGGACUCUUACCCCCAAGUCCAACCUCGGUCUAUCAUUGAAGCAAAGGUUUUCCACUUUCCCAACUGCCUGUGUACAGGAAAAUAUUCUUCAGCGUCUCAAAAGAAUUUUGUUGGUGGCAUCUCAAGAUAUACUUGUUUCAGGCUGCUUGGCUUUUCUGUUUCCUGUUCUACUUAUUGAGAUGAUGUAAGAAUUUGGAUGGAGUGAAUCAGGCAGCAGUAGCAUUGUUUCUUGGCUUCAA